AACUGUUUCUACCAGCGUACGUAACUAUGAGGCUGUGACACCAAUGUCAUGUGACUGUGCCAAGAAACUAAUCCUUGACUGCCUUCUGCCUAUGGUACCCGGAUUUGGACCUAUAUAUUCUAUUGGACGUAGGGUAUACACAUUAGGAAAGGCAAUCGGUAAAAAACGUAAACGUCGUGAUCUUAAUGGUGACACCAUACAUGUCGAUGACCAUAGCUAUCCAUUGGCACGGCCAAAAAGAAAGAAACGAUACAUUCCCAAACCAGUCGAUGCAGCUGCAUCAUUUAGUUCAAAGUAUCGCUGCCUCAAAGCUAUAGGCGAGGCUAUUGGUGAAAGUCUGGCAGGAGAAAGCCUUGGAAACAGUGCACUUAAAAUCGGGGGUGGUUGCUUACCUGGUACCGCUGGACAGGCAGUAGGCUGUUUACAUAUCAUCAUAGCUGAAUGCCCAAAACUAAACGCUGCUGCAGCGGCAGGAACUGGGAAUAGGAAAAGGCGUUCGACAAUACAAGAUGUGUACGUCAACAUGGCGACAGUGAAUUCCAUAGUUUAUGACAUGUAUCAGCUAUCCUACCAUAUGUAUGGUAAUAAAGAAAUGUUUAACCUUGGUCUUGGGUUAUGGUAUCAAGAGUUUGAAGAGAGUAUAUCUGACAACAGCGAUC